UCGCCUGAAAACUUACGCCUUUCCUGAGUGCAGCACGGCUAGCGACCUCUACAGGGAAAUAGGCAGACAAAUGCCGGAUUACAUACAGUGCUGGACAGAUGGUGUUAUCAACAGUGGACGGUCCAGUACCUGGAGUGCCGUCCUCAUGUCUGUGCUGACCAAGGGGGAGCUGGAGUGGAAGCAAGAACAUUACUCUGACUUGGCAUUUCUUCUUGCUCAUUGUGAGAAAGUUUACAGUGCUGAUGUCCCCACAGCAUUGCAGCACUUAGCAGCAGUACUCUCCAAAAGUAGUCAAAGUAAAGAGAUUGCAGACAUGACAACUGAGGAUGCUGUCAAAUGGCUACAAAAUGACAAAGGAGAACCAGGGAAGAAAUUUGCCGAGUUCAUGGCAAGACAUGGACAUCGAUGUGUGAGAGAGGCAGAAAUGUUGGAGAGGUCAUGGAGGCAGCAGCCAGAGAAAGUGGUAUCAGUUAUUCAGUCCAUGAUGAAGGCAGGUAUCCCAGAAGUGACCAAGAGAUCCAUCAUGAGUGUGUCAGACUCACUGGCUGGGAUCAAGUCUCCCACCACAUGGUUUGGAAGAUUGAUCUUAAAAUGGGCAUUACCAAGAGCCAGGGCUGCAGUAGGAGAUAGAGAGUGGGGCAAGUCACUUUCUGUUCAGAUGACAGAUGUCUUCAAGGAGGCCUAUUGGGCAUUGGCUGAACUCAUGGUGAAAGAGGGUCGUCUGCCAGAGCCAGAUUUACUUUUCUUCCUCACUCACCAAGAGAUUGGGACAUUGCUAAAAACAAGAUCAGGAAGGCUGGUGGCAAAGGCCAACAGGAGAAAACGUGUGCUACCAAAACAGAUGGCGACAGAGUUCCCAGAAUUUAGCAUUGGUCACCCUGAACCUAUAGAAGAAGUAACAGAAAAUGAUUCUGUUGUGACAUCUGUUGCUCUUAAAGGCCUGCCGGUCAGUCAAGGUGUGGUCAGGGGGACAGCUAGGGUGGUCACCUCUCUGCAGGAAGCAAGUCAAAUUCAGCCUGGUGACAUCCUGAUAGUGCCCUACACAGAUGUGGGAUGGUCCCCUUAUUUCCCACUUAUAUCAGGACUGGUGACUGAACUGGGAGGACUCCUAUCACAUGGAGCUGUGGUUGCCAGAGAAUAUGGUCUGCCAUGUGUGGUCAACAUUCCGAAAGCCACUCAUCUUUUUGCCACAGGUGAUCAAGUUGUAUUGAAUGGUACUAAGGGAACUCUGGAAAAAAUGGAGUAGACGUUUGAAACAAGUUGAAAGAAACCCAGUCCUUUCAAUUAGGAAUUAUGAACUUGAGCCAAAAACUGCCUAUAUA